UGUUCGUUUUUUUCUGCGUUCUCUGAUGGUGCCGGUUUUGUUUUAUGUCGUUGGAUAGAACCCUCUUCAGAGCUGCUAACAGCCAUCGGUUCAGAGCAGUUGUCGUCGCGGCAGUCUUCGAUCAAACAAGAUUCGCUCCGCUCGUUGUGUAGUGUGCUGCCCUGUACGUUCGAAUACUGCACAGAGAACAGUAGGUCAAGUGAAGCGUACGUAUUUAUAUGACAUCGGUUGUCGGGUGUGCGACUGCGGCAACUCGGAAAAUUUCCCUCUGUCGAGGAAAAGCCACUGAGACUUUUCCAAUCGUUAUACUCCAAUCGCUGGCAAAUCACGUGCUCUCCACCGUGCAUCAAAGUAGACAUUUGUGGACGCACCGCGUGCUAUUAUUUUCUUUCGUGAAAUUUCGUGGCUUUGUGUGAAGUGCUUCGAUUGCAGCGGGCUACUUCGAUUGCAACAACGGUGUUGCAUUCCCCAUCAAGAGUUGAUGCUUCCCGCCUUUAAUUCGAUUCCAUCGAAAAGGACAACGCCGCAGUCGUGCAGCACAGCAGCAAGUGGUGUGAGUCUCCUAGCGGCAAGAGCGCGAAAUACUGGAAGCCAUCAAUCGACCCUCGUGUGACCAAUAAUAAUACUACAUAGUAAUAGAGGUACAUGAAGCAACAAGUGUAUCGUUCUUCCUCGUCGUCAAAUUGAAGAACUGAAGAAAUACGCGAGCGCGCGCGGGGUGCCGAAAUUGGACCAUGUGCUAGAAGAAGAGAGUGACCGGAAAUUUUAUUGAUGGAUUCGGUGUUCGAACGUUGUUCGUCUUGACCGGGAAUCGUGAUCAGUUUACGUUAGAAGAGCCAUCGAUGGUGAACGUCUACGUCGUGUAGUGCGUAUAAUAUCUUCGGGUUGAAUGCGGAUAAAAGUGUUUGGUUUUCGAGGCGGUUUUUUUGGCGGCCACUGCAAACAGGAAGUUAAUGUUUUGUUUUGGUUGUUGAUGAUUGGAAGUUGGAAGGUGCACGUUUAAAACAGCGGGAAACAUGGCAGCGAACGAUAAUCAGAACCUGUUGGAUGGCAAGAAGAAUGGAUCCAUCAGUAUUGUUGGAGGAAGAGGCCAGAAUCAUGAUUCGGAGAAAUCGCCGUUCCUUUCCACGGAGCCGGUUCGGCUUACACCGGCGUGGGAGGAAAGCAAUCUCCCCAACGAUGAACUCAACUUCAAAGGGAUGACCAUGGAGCGGGCCAAGAUGGAACUGAACCCACCCCGGGACAAGAUGCUGCUCGUUUUCCUCACGCUUAUGAUCCAUGGCGUGGGUACGCUGAUGCCGUGGAACAUGUUCAUCACUGCCAAAUCGUACUUUGUAGAUUACAAACUUAGUCAAAACUAUACCGGAGUGGAAUCUGAGUAUGGGACCUACUUUCUUUCCUACGUUGGAUUUGCGUCGCAGAUUCCGAACCUUCUGUUCAACUGGUUGAACAUCUUCAUGAAUCUUGGGGGCAAUCUGACGAAACGCAUCGUCUAUAGCAUCCUCAUCGAGGUGAUCGUGUUCGUGGUCACGGUGGUGCUAGCCAUGGUCGAUUCCUCCGAGUGGCCAGGAGCCUUCUUCUGGAUCACGAUGAUCACCGUGGUCAUCCUGAACAUGGCCGGUGGCAUCUACCAGAACACGGUCUACGGCAUGGUCGCCAAGCUGCCCUUCAAGUACACCGGAGCGGUCGUCCUGGGUUCCAACAUCAGCGGAACGUUCGCGUCGAUCAUAGCGAUCCUGAGUUCGCAGUUUGCGUCCUCGGUUCGGACGGCAGCCAUCUACUACUUCAUCACGGCGAUGUUCGUGCUGCUGCUGUGCUUCGAUACCUACUUCGCAUUGCCUUUGAAUAAAUUCUACCGAUACCACGAGAUGCUCAAGGAGAAGGAAGCGGAAACCCACAAACGAGCCGGUAUCGACGUGGGUGCCCGGCCUCCCUACUGGAAGAUCUUCAAGCAGGCCUUCCCACAGCUGUUCAACGUCUUUUUCGUGUUCUUCAUCACGCUGUCGGUGUUCCCGGCGGUGCAUUCGGACAUCAAGCGGACGGCCAGCGACUUCAUCGUCGGAGACGACCUCUACGUGAGCGUCACGUGCUUCCUGACGUUCAACCUGUUCGCCAUGUUGGGCAGUUUGACGACCUCUUGGGUGACCUGGCCCAAACCGAAGCACCUGGUGUGGCCGGUGAUCAUCCGAGCGGCUUUCCUGCCACUGUUCCUGUUCUGCAACUAUCGUCCACUGGGUAUUGAACGGGUGCUUCCGAUCUACAUCGACAACGAUUGGGUUUACUGGGGCAUUGCCGUCGUGAUGGCCUACAGUUCCGGCUAUCUGAGCUCGCUGGGCAUGAUGUACACGCCGCAGUCCGUCGACUCGCAGCACGCGGUCACGGCCGGAAUGUUUGCCGCGGCCAUGCUCAUUACCGGCAUCUUCAGCGGUAUCCUGUUCUCCAUGGUGUUCCCCAUGAUCGUGCAGUAUAACUUCCUCGAGUGGUUGCACUAGGGUUGGCGCCGGAGUAUCGAAAUGCUAGCUAUGGACAGCUAGAUCUGCGGUUUUAUCCUUUUUAUUCUUUGAUUAUUUCUUCCAACGCACUCCGAGCGCCAAUCGAACUAGUGUGAUCUCUUGAACACACGAGUUUGGCGUUUAGUGGAACUUUCUAUCGAUUUACGAGCUCAAUUUUAUUAAAACGUUUUUAUAUACAUUUUGAGGGAGUUAUCACCGAAUUUCAAAUGAACACUGGAGAAACUAUGAUUCAUUUUGAAUUGAUUUCGAAGCAAGGAACGCAUAAGCUCCCUCAAGUUCUGUAAGUUUGUCAUUAUUUAAUUUUUCUGUUUUACCAGGAAUCGACUCUCCAUAGAGCAGUAAAGAUUUCUGUUUUACUAUUUUUCGAAGUCAGAAAAUCAGAAAACACCCAUUCUCUCCAGAAAAAAUGCCAGACCUAUUGAAUGGUUGGCCCAAACCAUAUAUACAAAAAAACACUACUAAUAGAAUAAUCGUCAGUCAGACGACCGCCAUACAUUUACACGAACAUACAUCCUCAUUUUAAAGAUAGGCAAUAUUCAAACUAAAGUUCUCAUCUUUUCGGAACGAAACCAAAUUCGACGAGUGCGCACUCUUCCGAGUCGUUGUGGCAUUCGUAUACACUAACUUGGCCCGUAUGCGGAAUACCAAA